GAAAGGUGGUAUUUUUGGUGUACCUUUGGGGUUGGCACUGAGAGACAUAAAGUGUCUUUCUAUCUUUUCUACUGAGUUCCGCCAUUUUCAUGCUUCCAUCUUCACACACUACACACAAAUGGAGAGUUCUUUACUCUUCUUCUUUCUCUCCUUCACAACUUCACUCGUUCUCCUUCUCCCUUUUACAUCUUCUCAGAUCAUGCAAGGUUUUGUAAGUUUGGACUGUGGAGGGACAGAAAGUUUCACCGAUGAAAUAGGUCUUGAUUGGACUCCUGAUAAUAAGCUUACAUAUGGAGAAAUAGCCACUAUAUCUGUUGCGAACGAGACACGAAAGCAAUACUCGACGUUACGGUAUUUUCCUGCUGAUUCUAGGAAAUAUUGUUACACACUUGAUGUUAUUAGUAGGACGAGGUAUUUGUUAAGGGCGACUUUCUUGUAUGGGAACUUUGACAAGAACAAUGUUUAUCCUAAGUUUGAUAUUUCUGUUGGAGCUACUCAUUGGUCUACUAUUGUUAUAUCGGAUGCUGAUAGUAUAGAAAUGAGAGAGCUUAUAUUUUUGGCUUCGAGUUCAACUGUGAGUGUGUGUUUGUCUAAUGCGACAACUGGACAGCCGUUUCUGUCUACGCUUGAGCUUCGACAAUUCAACGGUUCGGUUUAUUUUACGGAAUUUGAGAAACAGUUUUACCUGAGUGUCUCUGCAAGGAUCAAUUUUGGUGCGGAGAGUGAUGCUCCAAUCAGGUACCCUGAUGAUCCUUUUGAUAGAAUUUGGAUGUCGGAUUCUGUUAAGAAAGCAAAUUAUCUUGUUGAUGUCGCUGCUGGAACUGAGAAAAUUUCUACCAAUGAACCAAUUUUUGUUAACCGAGAUGAUAUACCACCGAUGAAAGUGAUGCAGACAGCGGUAGUAGGUACAAAUGGAUCUUUAACUUACCGGUUGAAUUUGGAUGGUUUUCCUGGCACUGCUUGGGCAGUCACCUAUUUUGCAGAGAUUGAAGAUUUGCGUCCAACUGAGUCUAGAAAAUUCAGGCUGAUGCUUCCAGGCCAGCCUGAAAUUAGCAAGAUCAUUGUGAAUAUUGCCGAAAAUGCUCUUGGGAAAUAUCGCCUUUAUGAACCGGGAUUUGUCAAUCUAACCCUACCUUUUGUGCUUUCCUUUAAAUUCGGCAAGACAGCUGAUUCGUCCAAGGGGCCUCUCCUUAAUGCCAUGGAGAUAAAUAAGUAUCUUGAGAAAAAUAAUGGUUCACCGGAUGUUGAAGCUAUUUCGGGAGUGCUUUCUCGCUAUUCUUCAGCAAACUGGACUCAAGAAGGAGGUGAUCCAUGUCUUCCUGUUUCCUGGUCAUGGAUCCACUGUAGCUCGGAUCCACAACCAAGAAUAAUUUCAAUCUUGUUAUCCAGUAAAAACUUGACUGGGAAUAUUCCUUCAGAUAUUACCAAAUUGGUUGGUCUGGUUGAACUAUGGCUUGAUGGAAAUAUGUUGACCGGCCCAAUACCCGAUUUUACUGGUUGCACGGACUUAAAGAUCAUCCAUCUUGAAAAUAAUCAGUUCACCGGUGAGCUCCCAGCCUCCUUGGUGAAUCUUCCGAGUUUGAGGGAACUAUAUGUUCAAAAUAAUAUGCUAUCUGGAGCAGUACCGCCAGAGCUUCUAAGCAAGAAUUUGGUUUUAAAUUACUCCGGAAACAUUAACCUACAUAAAGGAAGCAAAACAAAGAGCCACAUAUAUAUUAUUAUUGGUUCAGCAGUUGGGGCUUCUGUUCUACUUUUGGCUACUGUUAUAUCUUGCUUGGUUAUGCGUAAAGGCAAGAAAAAAUAUUAUGAGAAAGACCACAUAGUUUCUGUCCCUUCUUGGAAGAGUGAUGAUCCUGCAGAAUCGGCUCACUGCUUCAGCUUAGCUGAAAUUGAAAGUGCUACAAACAACUUUGAGAAAAGAAUCGGUUCUGGUGGUUUUGGAAUUGUAUAUUAUGGAAAACUGAAAGAAGGAAAAGAGAUAGCAGUUAAAGUUCUUAGGAAUAAUUCCUAUCAAGGCAAGCGUGAGUUCUCCAAUGAGGUGACUCUUCUAUCAAGAAUACAUCACAGAAACUUGGUACAACUUCUUGGGUAUUGUCGAGAAGAAGAUAAUAGUAUUCUCGUGUACGAGUUCAUGCAUAAUGGCACACUCAAGGAACAUCUCUAUGGCCCUUUAGUGCACGGACAAAGUAUAAGUUGGAUUAAACGCCUUGAGAUUGCAGAAGACUCUGCCAAAGGAAUUGAAUACCUUCAUACAGGUUGUGUUCCUGUAGUUAUUCAUAGAGACUUGAAAAGUAGCAAUAUUCUUCUUGACACACACAUGAGAGCCAAGGUUUCAGAUUUCGGUCUUUCCAAACUCGCUGUUGAUGGAGUCUCCCAUGUUUCAAGCAUAGUUCGCGGAACAGUAGGAUACCUGGAUCCUGAGUACUAUAUUUCCCAACAACUAACUGACAAGAGCGAUGUGUAUAGCUUUGGUGUAAUUCUUCUAGAACUCAUAUCUGGUCAAGAAGCAAUAUCAAAUGAAAGUUUCGGGAUUCAUUGCCGAAACAUAGUCCAAUGGGCAAAAUUGCACAUUGAGAGUGGGGAUAUACAAGGCAUCAUUGAUCCCUUACUAGGAAACAACUAUGACCUACAAUCAAUGUGGAAAAUAGCAGAGAAAGCAUUGAUGUGUGUUCAACCUCAUGGAGAUAUGCGUCCAUCGAUCUCGGAAGUUUUAAAGGAGAUCCAAGAUGCAAUAUCUAUUGAGAGAGAAGCUGAAACAUCGCGAGAAUGCAAUUCUGAUGAGGUUUCAAAAAAUUCUUUUCAUUCUUCCAUGAACAUAGGUUCAAUGGAUCUCGGUAGAGUUGAGAGUUUCCUUUCAAUCGAUGAAUCGAUUGCGCAACCUACUGCAAGAUAGAUUUAUUUUCUCUAGUGAAAAAGCACAAUGUUUUUCUAUUUAUUUUUUCCUCGAAUUUUAUUUAUCAGUUCUCCCGUUUUUUGAGUGUUCAUAUUGUGUAUGUUCUUGUUCGAGUUAGUGUUUGAUGCUUGUAGGAGCUCAGUUUUCUGCUUUUAAAUGAUUUUGUUUGCCGUUAACAAUGUUUCUAAUUUGCUUUAUAAAUAUAAACAAUUUGUUUUGAGA